CCGUGUCUGGGCUGGGUACUUCAUUUCGACAACAGAUGCUAGAGGGGUUAGACGUCACUGUUGAACAUCUCUACCGUACACAAUCAUUUUGAUGAGUGAGACAUGAGGCUCAACAUGAGGGUGAUGUUAACCGCCCUGCUGCUGCUGGGGCUGUGGGGCAGGGGGCCAGGGGCUGCCUCCAAGGUCGAGUUGAUCAACAACGGUUAUGAGGAUGUUGUGAUCGGUAUCUCACCAGAGAUUGAUGAGAGUCAGGGGCAAGCCAUCAUCACAGCUCUCAAGAAAAUGCUGAUUGAAGCCUCAGGACAUUUAUUUACAGCAACUCGCAGAAGGGCAUUCUUUAGACGAGUGAAAAUACUAAUACCACAGUCCUGGACCAAUACACCCUUCAACCAGACUGCCACCACAGAAAGAUUCAAAGACAGCGAGAUUCAGGUCAAACAUCAGAACUUUGCUUAUGGAAACCAACCAUACACAGAGCAGCCAGAGGGCUGUGAAAAAGCUGGAACCUUCAUCCACCUCACCCCGGAGUACCUUACUACUAGCAACUAUACUACUGGCCACUGGGACCAUCCAGGUAAGUCCCUGGUGCCUCUGUGGGCUAAGUUACGUUGGGGAGUGUUUGACGAAUUUGGAUUUCCCAGUCAAACCAGUCCAGAAUUUCGUUUCUUCUAUGAACCGAAGACAAAUAAUAACAAAGGGGAAACUGACACCACCCUUCCAAACUACUGUGCUAAUGAAGCUCUCAAAGGUGAAGAAAGGACAUUAAAGCCAAGACUCGAGGGUGAAGAUGUUGAGGACUGGUGUUUGGAGGACAAGACAUCCACUGAUGACUGUAGAUUCUAUCCUUCUAACAUCCAGACUGCCAGUACUUCCAUUAUGUCGUACCCCUUCGUUAAGAGUGUCAGUCAGAUUGUAGAGUUCUGCGACGCAAAUACACACCGAUAUGAUGCUCCCAACAAGCAAAAUAAGUUCUGUAAAAUGUCUGUGUGGGAUGUGAUGCUGAAACACAGUGACUUCCGUGACAACCAGAACCCUAUACGUACAACUCCCAUAGAUGACACACAAGUCAUAGUGGUUCAGGAGGUGGACCCCAGCUUUGCUAUCGUCAUGGACGUCUCAUCCAGCAUGACAACUAACAAUCGUUAUAAGAACCUUCAAACAAGAGUGAAGGCAUUCUUGCUGCAUAAGUUGCCUGCUAACAGCUCCGUGUCUCUUAUAAAAUUUGGGAGUACAGCCACAGUGUUAGCUGACCUUGCCAAGGUCACGGACGAGAAUUCAAGAAAAAACCUGGUGGCCCUGGUCGACACCACCCCUAGUGGAGGCACCAGUAUUGGCUCUGGCCUCAAGAAGGCCCUUGAGGUGCUGAAGAAUCAGAGAAAUAAGCACAUUUUCCUCAUCACUGAUGGAGAAGAGAACACCUCCCCCUUGAUUAAUGAAGUUUGGCAGGAUAUGAUUCAGGCCAACGUGUGCAUCAUGACAGUGGCCUUAGGGAAGUCUGCUGACGACAAAAUUGAGAAACUGGCAACUGAAACAGGGGGCAAGGCACUAACUGUUAGGGACGAUGAUCAAAUCAAUAUGUUGGAUAAGGCCCUUGUGUCCACACUCACCCGCUUCCCAGCCAAGGCUGCACAGUUCACUCGCUUUGAAUUCUAUGACUCCCUCAAAAUUAACACCGAGAAAUUGGAAGUGAAAGAUUCUUUCAUAGUUGACAAAAGUAUUGGGAAGAACCUGAUCUUCCACCUGGAGACAGACAAUGUGGAUCAUGUAGAUGGAUCACCCAAGAUAAGAGACCCAGAUGGCAUAGAAACUAAUAUCAACGAUUUUAACAGUCAGGCCUCAAUGUGGACCAUCUCUUUCCCUAUGGCAAAGAUAGGAGUAUGGAAAUGGAGUGUUGCACUGACUGGAAGCUCAUCAAACUGGGUUAAGGCUUUUGCCACCAGCCAGACGCGGGACACAGCUACAAUGCCCAUUAUUACCGAGACCUGGAGUACUAAUGGAAGUGUUGGAAGGAGUAAACGAGAAAUCCGCAUACGAAUCUACUGUAAAGUAACUCAAAGGGAGAAUCCCGUCCUAUGGGCUGCGGUCAAGGGAAUAGUGACGGGACCUGACAACACCCCCCCUGAUAUAUAUGACCUCAAGGAUACUGGACAGACACCCGACACCAUGGAGAACGACGGUAUCUACAGCAGUUACUUGACUAAAUUCCCCAGCACUGGUCGCUACUCCUUAGACUGUGAAGUGGACAGCACUGAGGAUACUGUGGUGCCCGGGCAACCUGUGAGCAACACCCGUAAGCGACGUAACACUCGUGAAGGUCCACUUGGUCCUAGCUUAGAUCUUUGUUGUGGUACCAACAUGCCGUUCGACCCCUCCACCACCUCACCUACUGGGGCCUUCAGAAGGAAAGCAACAGGUGGUGUCAUUAAGUUGACAGAGGUGCCCGGCCCUGGUGAAGAUAUCCUACCACCAGAUGAGGUGAUGGACUUACAGGUGAUAUCGAUCACUUUGUACACCAACACUCAGCCUGUCACCACCAUCACACUCACCUGGAGUACACCCGGAGAUGACCUCAACCAGGGAACAGUGUCGAAUUACAUAUUCCAAUUGAGCUCAAACAAGCAGGACCUGUCAGAUAAUCCGUCUUCCCACAACCAACUAGACACGGUUCUUCCUGUUACAAAGAGUAGCCUGGAGGACGCUCACAUCCUGGUCGAGAGCGGCAAUAAAGUCACCUUUGACGUAACCUGUCGGAAAAAACUUGAAUUUGAAAGGACAUAUUAUUUGGGACUACAAACGGUGGAUGAUUCUAACAACAUGAGUGAGAUGUCCAAUAUCGUCCCGUUCACUGUCAUGGAGAAACUGGCCAUGCCAUCGUGGUCUCUUGACAGGUCGAGAGAUAUUAAUAGAGAUGUUAUUAGGUUUAAGAGAAAGAAGGAGAAAGUAGGACAGUAAGAGACGUGUAUUAACCAGCCACAAGUUUCAUAAUAUUAAUAAAGGUGAAGGGUGAAGCAGCAAGACCCAGACUGGAGUACAGAGUUACACCUUCCAUACUGAAUUGAUCAAGACUCAAGUUUAAUUGAAGAAUAUAAUUUUAAAUUCAAGUUUAGUCUGCAUGAUGAUGUACAUAAACUCUGCUACAGGUCUAGUGUGAUUCCAAACUCAUUACUAACACACAAACAUGUACCUAAGGACUUUGGGUGUUGGUUUGUGAUGAUGAUGAAGAAAAGUGUUUGUUUUUUCUCUACAGGUGAAGAGAAUAAGAUAAUGCUGAAUCGAAAUGUAUAGAAGAGUAAAAUUCAGCAUUAAUACAUCCAAUUUAUGUCUGGGAAGUACGGUGACACAUACAGUGGUUGGUAAGAUAAUGGAAACAACUUGCUUAUACUGUAGUCAUCUCAUUAUACUGUACUAUACAUGUGCUUUCAAGAAUAUAAACACACAACUCGGCUCCCGACUACAGCGCCCUCCAGAAUAUAUUGAAUAGUCUCCAAAAUUGGGCCACCUUCAGUACUUUGGGCCUCAACACACUCCAGGUUGUGGACUCCACCAAGCACCUCGGCAUCACUAUAGAUAACAAAUUAAAUUGGAAAACACACGUCAGUGAAGUUGUCAAAUCCUCCAGUUUUCGUCUCCUCCUCCAUCGCCUCAAGUCCCCGAGAGUUUCCAUGCCUGGGGUUCUCAGUGUUUAUUCAACAUUCAUACUUCUCAAACUCACCUAUACCUCCUCUGCCUGGUCUUUCUCCCUAAAUACCACACAAUGGAAAUACCUAGAAAAAGUGGAGAAAAGGGCAGGCAAAUUUAUUCUCUCCCCAUCCAACUCCACACAUCAAGAAGCGCUCAACACACUGACCCUCUCAGCUCUCUCUAAUCAUCACCACGACUUCAUCUACAAAUUAGGGGAGAAGUCUGCAUCAUCCUCGACACCGGCUCCUACUUCGACCCGAGAUCCGUCAUCUGUGAGUUGCUGCUCGACACCACAACCGCAUCCAGCCCAUACGAGCACGUACUGAUUGCUAUAAGAACAGCCCAGUCCCAUCCAUUGUAAAAAUUAUCAACAACUCGUCGUCAACCAGUGUGUUCACUCCCUACCAAUCUAUUUUGCAUUAUCACUAUGUUGAGAUGCCCUAUAGUAUGACCUUCUCCCCACCUUGUUAUUAUAUAUCAUACUUGUAUCACUUGUUACCUGUAGUAUAUUAUUUGAAAAUCUAUUGACCCAUUCCCCAGUUAAGUAACUAUAUUUGAAACCUUUUGACUGCCAUGUUUUUUUUUCGAUAAACUGUUUAUUAUUAUUAUUAUUACAUACAUGCACUACACAUAUUUACAGUACUUACUUCUCACCACUCCUGAAAUAUAUCAUACUGUACUAUUUUUAAGAUUAUCGACAGCUGAUAAACCCCUACCUAAUAUUCCAUUAUGUUUUCGAUAAAUCUAUAAAAACCA